UUCUGUAGUUUACAAAGUAUUACUUCAAAAACUAUGACUAUUACAACUCUAUUCAGUCCUGUCAAGCUGGGAAGAUACCAAUUGGAACAUCGUGUUGUUAUGGCCCCAACAGCUCGCUUCCGAAGCACUCUUGAAGGCGUGCCUACGGAAUUGGUUGCUGAAUACUAUGAACAAAGAGCCUCUCCUGGUGGUCUUCUUAUCACAGAAGCAACCGCCAUUCAUGAAUCAGCAGGCCCAUUUCCACACACAGCAGGUAUCUUUACAAAGGAGCAGAUCGAAGGCUACAAAUUAGCAACAGAAGCUGUGCAUAAGAAGGGUGGUUUGUUCUUUGUGCAGCUUUGGCAUGGUGGUCGCGCAACGUCAAGUACAUUUAUGCCUAAUAGUGAACAAAUCGUUUCUGCCUCUAAUAUUCCUAUUGCCGGGAAAAACCCUUUCUUGGAAGAUACUGAUUAUGAAGUACCUCGUCCAUUGACCAAGUCUGAAAUUAAGGAUGUGAUUCAGUUAUAUAAGCAGGCUGCUUUAAAUGCAAUUGAGGCUGGUUUUGAUGGUGUCGAAGUGCAUGGUGCUAAUGGAUACCUUAUCGACCAGUUCAUCAACUCCAAUAGCAACAAUCGAACGGAUGAAUACGGUGGAAGUAUCGAGAACCGUGCUCGUUUUGCUCUUGAAGUUGUUGAUGCCGUAGCUGAAGCCAUUGGCGAAGACCGCACUGCUAUCCGAUUUUCGCCAGGCGGAUCGUUUAACGGCGUAAGAGAUGAUACUGUUGUGGAAACAUGGAGCUAUUUGACCUCUCAGUUACAAAAGAACCAUCCCAACUUGGCUUAUAUUCACUUCAUUGAGCGCCGUUAUGAUGUCGAUGCUGAUGUUGACUCCAUUUCAGGCGAUUCACUGGAGCCUUUCCGAAAGAUAUGGAAGGGUACAUUCAUUGCUUCUGGUGGUUUCUCUACUGCGCGUGAAAAGGCAUUGGAAUAUGCUCAACAACAUAAUGUGCUCAUUUCUUUUGGCCGUGCUUUUAUUGCAAAUCCUGAUCUACCAGAGCGUCUUCGUAAUAAUUGGCCAUUAAAUCCUUAUCAUCGUCCUACUUUUUAUACUCAUGAUGCAAUAGGGUACACAGAUUAUCCAUUUUAUAACGCUAAAGCUCAAGCAUAAACAUUAUUUAAAUAAAGUGUAUCAAAUUAUAGUAGACCAUAGAGGUUAUUGUUAUCAGUAAAAGAAGGGGUUUAACAGCUUGUCGCUAUAUCAUCUUUUACUAUCAACUAAAUGAAGGGGUUAUUCAC